AGAAAAGAAGAGGGGCGUGGCUGAGUGACUGCAAGGAAGCCUUUGCCUUUUAGCUUGUCAGCUUUCUCUGCAGCUUUGUAUUGAUUUUGGUGGUGCAACAGAAUAAUUUCAGAAGCUGGCAAUGUCUGAGAAUCAAGCUUUGAAUCCGACCCCCACAGUGGAGGUAUUUUAUGCUGCCAAGGCUCUGCUGGGUGAGGGGCCAUUCUUUGAGCCUGAGACCAAUCAGUUACUCUGGGUGGACAUUGAUGCCAACUCCAUCAACUUCCUUAACGUGGACACUGCCCAGAAUAGGUCCAUCAAGUUGCUGGACACAGUUGGGGCUGUGAUCCCUAUUCAGGGCUCUACCAAUCUCUUAGCUGCAGUAGGCAGGAAGCUGUGCAUUGUGGACAGAGAAACGGGUGCUGUCAUAGAAGAGUUAGCUAGUGUGGAAGAGGACAAGCCUGACAAUAGAUUCAAUGAUGCCAAAUGUGAUGUCAAUGGUCGUCUGUGGGCAGGGACAAUGGCAAAAUCGCAAACUCCUUUGGAUGGAAAUCUCUACACUUAUGCUGCAGGCAAGCUUUCUCUAUGUGUGCCGGGAGUCACUAUUUCGAAUGGCCUUGGUUGGAGCCUCGAUAACAAGACCAUGUACUACAUUGACAGUCCACCAAGACACAUAUACUCAUUCGACUACAACCUUGCUGAUGGAGCGAUUGCUAAUCAAAAGAUUUUGGUCGAUUUUGGGAAACGAGGAGAUAUUGGAUUCCCUGAUGGCAUGUGUACAGAUAUUAAAGGUCGGAUCUGGGUAGCAACUUUUAGUGGAGGUUGUGUCUCGUGCUUGGACCCCAAAACUGGUGACCUGAUUUUGUGCGUUGAAAUACCUGGAGCUAAAGAAAUCACCUCGUGUUGCUUUGGAGGGCCUGAUCACAGUUGGUUGUUUGUGACCUGUGCCAGCCUCUCUCCCACUGCAGGACCUAAUGGAGGGAGCGUCUUUGUGAUCAAGGACUUGGGAACUAAAGGACUGCCUGCUAACAGGUUUAAGCAUUAGUUGUGUUGUGAACGUACAGAGUUAACCUAUAUUUGUUUGGAAACUUAAUUUGACGUAAUGGAAUAUAAUAUAUCAUGAUCAUUUUGUUAAUUGCAAUG